AUGCAGCCACCACUGCAGCUCCCCGGCUACUCGUGGGAUCCAGUCUCGAAGCGCUUCUUCAAGCAGGUCCACACCUCGGCCCCGUCGGCUCGCUCCACCACCGCUCGCCAGCUCGACCGCGCCUCGAACGACAAGGACGAGUCGGCCAGUCGCAAGCGCAAACGCCAACGCAGGACGCAGGCCAAGGGCAAGUGGCGCGCCGUCGAACCUCAAGGUCUCGCUGCCCUGCGCACGCUCCAACUCGCCCGGCUCGACUCGCCAGCUAGGCGGGACUCGCUUCACCAUGAGCUCCGCGCAGCAAACCUCGCACGCCUGUCGUCGAGCCGCACCGUCUUCCCCGACUGCCUCCCCAUGGACGACACGGUCCUCCACCUCUCGUUCGACGACACGCACCGCUCGGCACUCCGCGUCGGCACCUCGAGCGGCAUCCUCGCCACGGGCUACCUCGCCCGCCCAGCCGACGAGCUCGCCGACUACCCGAACGACGAGGAGAGCUGGCGCACGAGCUGGUACUGCUCGAGCAAGAUCACGAGCCUCAAGACGUGCGGCGACCGCAUCGUCGCGACCGCUCUCGGUCCACCUGCACAAGCGCUGGUCGGCACGACGCAAGACAGCAUCUCGCUUGCGUCCGUCACACUCUCGCCGCGCAAAACCUCGCUGUGGACGUCAGCCAUCUCGCCCUCGCUCCUCGCCCUCGGCUGCGACAAGAAGGUCCUGCUGUGGACCGACCCGUCUCGAGCAUGUCAGAUGGACGCGUACGUGACGGGCGGGAACCGCGGCGACGGGACCGUGUUUGCGCUCGACUUGCACGAGGAGCUCGUCUUUGCCGGGACGAGGAAAGGGAGGGUGCGCGUCUUUGACCGGCGAGCGUCGAGAGGGACGAGCGAGGGCUCGAGCGGGAGCGGGUGCGCUCAGCAGCAGUCGACGAGGGACGAGGUCCAGCUCAACCUCGUCAGCCCGGUCACGCACAUCCGGCACCUCAAGGAGCAGCCUCAUCACGUCGUCGUCUCGUGCAUGGACGGAUCCCUCGGCGUCUUCGACCUGCGCUUUCCCUCGACAUCGUUCUCCCGACCCUCGUCCGCCUCUCGCGCACCUCAAGGAGGUGGCGCUACACGGUCAUCGCCGAUCCUCGAGCUCAAGGGCCACGCCAACAGCUUCACGGUCGACCUCGGCUUCGACGUGUGGAAGGACGAGUGGGUCGCUGCAGCCGGCCAGGACAACCGCCUCUCGCACGACCCGACGCCGUCGCCGCACCCGCUCGAGCGCUCGUUCGGCGCACCAGUCCGCGCCCUCGCCUUCUCGACGAUCGACCCGGUCCGGCUCUCGUCGCCGUCGUACGUCGAGCGCCUCGUCGACAGAGGGAGCGAGGGAGGAGCGAGCGCCGGCAGGUGGGGGUGCCCGAGCCUGUGGAUCGCAGACGGGGCCGGCGUCGAGGGGUUUGCGGUCGCGUGA